AUGAGCUAACCAUAAUAGGGAACGCCACUUAAAACCAUAGUCAGAAUUAUGAACCUGAGUUGUGCUGCAGCAAUUAUAGCCAUAACAAUAGUCGAUGUAAUAACUAUUGUCGAACUUUUUGCAUUUUGGAAUUGGAUUUUCAUGAUAUAUUAAUUCUUGUUUGCCUUGAUGAUUUUAGCAGCUGAAUUAAGAUUGGAUUUUAUACUCAAGUACUUUAGAUUUUUGGAAGGAAAUAUAGGGAAAGGUUGGUUUUUAAUUUUGUAAGCAUAUAAACAAUAUUUAAGCUGUGGAAUGUGGUUGAUUGGAUAAACUUUGGCAGCAACAAUAACCGGGGGCUGUCUGAUAUUUUGUGGAUUCGCGACAAUUUUCAUCCUAACCUGCAGCAAAUGA